AAUAACGAAGCACAUUAAUAAUGUAUUUAUUGUGGUUUAAUAAAAACCUUAUUAUAUAUUUAGAUGGACCAACCUAUUUCUCUAAGAAUUCUAAGAAUCAUUCUAGUGAUGACACGUGGCUACAAAAAAUGUUGUAAUGUUUCUCAAAUAAUAUAUAGGGGAUGUAUACGAAGAUAUUUUUAAACCAGACAAGAAAACCAGCAGCGAUCAUGCCACGACAAUUUAGUUUCAUUUUAAAAUAUUUUUAUAAAACAUGCAUGCUACAAUAGGCCGGAGAAUCAUUUCAUUUGGUAGUUAAAAAUAAAAUGUGAUUAUACCUUUAAGAUUUAGUAUCAAAUGGUAUAGUGUACAAAACGACACAUUCCAUGAACCCGUGCGUAUAUGCACGGAACUCGAAUGUUAAGAGGAGUAAUCAGUUUAAGAAGGAAUGAAACAGGUAGGCAAAUCCGUAAGAUGCAUUGUACAUUAAUAACCCGUCCUCUUAAGAUCGAAACUUGGAGACAACUUAACAUAUCUUCAAGCUGUGAUUUUAUUUUAAAGUUAUGAAGAAGAUUUUAUGUGGGGAUGAUCUUAAGACAAACGAACCAGUUUGAAUCUCAUCUUGUCGGAAUCUCCAACUCUAUUUUGUGCCGUCCUAAUAUAUUUUAUAUAUGUUUAUUUAUCUUUUAACUCAUCGAUGUACAUACCUAACUUGACUUUUUAUAACUUACAAUUUGCCUCUCUGCCAUACCAAAAAGAUAAGAAGCUAAGAUAAUUUUUUAAAAUUAAUAAACAGUCAACUACGAUACAUACAAACAAAGCUUAUUCUUAAUUUUGGCAUGCCCAUAACAAGGUUAAAUAAUUUAUGCAUAUAUAUAAACAUAUGAUAGAGAAUGUUGAAUUUCCUCUUAUUUGCAUCUAAUAAAUGUUAAGUUCUUAUAGUGGACAGUAUUUUAAUGUAUAAAACUAAAUUCAUACAAAGUUUCUGUACUUGGCGUUUUUAUACAUCUUAUUUCCCUGGUUUUGUGUUCUAACUGUUUAAUCCAACACAAAACCAAUUACAAACAUGCAUAUUGUUUGCGUUAAAAAUGAGCUACACAAACUAAAUCAUUGAUGAUCAAUAUAUUAUAUAUUGAUUACACUUUGACUUCUGAUUUUGUAUUCUAACCUUACAUGAUUGUAGAGAAUUGAGUACCGCGUGAAAACAUUUCUCCAUCAAUUUAUAUCUCAUAUUAUCCACAUUGUGUUUUUCUAGAGUGUAGUUUAUAAAUAUAACUACGCAAUUAUCAGUAUAACUUUGGAUCAUUCUUACAAGUGAGGUUUUUGUAUGUAUAUAUUCCCUGACAAAAUGAAAAAGAAAAAACUCACAACUUCAACUAAAUAAGUUAUCGGUGCCGGAUAAGCCAUGCUGCAUCUUCUCCGAAAAAACAAAUUAGCUAAGAGAGACCUACCGGACAAUUAGUAAUUUAAGGUUUAAUACGGCAUGGAUUAACAAAUUUAAUUAUUUUCUUGUUCUUUGAGUGUUGUUGAUGUUGCGAUAAUGAUUCCAUUAAUCGUGCAUUGGUGUGGCUAUAUCUUUAUUCUUCAGUUUCUCUUGUGUGGCCAAUCUAAACUCUCUCUCAUUAUUUUACUAAUCUCUAACCAGCUUAUACAUAUAUAUGAAUGGAUGGUUAUAUAGAAAAAGAUUAUAUUAUAAUGUGUCGUGAAGGAACAAAGCUGGUUUCAUCUUUCAUUGUCGACCCCACAAGUUGACUGAUCGUGUUCAUCAUCAUGCAUGGCUUCAUUUCAUUUAUUUUAUUACGACUUGUUCACGACACAAAUGAUUGUAACAGUUUAAGAAUCUCUUGAUUUCUCUUCAUCAUCACCAAAUCUUCCUCAACUGAAAUAUUCUCUUCAUCAUCAAGUGCAUCUCCAACCUAUAUAUAUAGUUGCACAAGAACAAGAACUAUCAUAGCAACAAACAAACAAAAACACAAGAAAAAAACAAGGAGAAAGACAAGAGUUGAAGGUUAGAGCGAUGGAUGUUUUUGUUGAUGGUGAAUUGGAGUCUCUCUUAGGUAUGUUCAACUUUGAUCAAUGUUCAUCAUCUAAGGAGGAGAGACCACGAGAUGAGAUGCUUGGCCUCGCUAGCCUUUACAAUGAUCAUCUUCAUCAUCAGAACAAUCUCCCGCCUUCUGAUCAUCAUGCUCUCCUAAAUCCUGAUAUGUUCCCAUUUAGUGCAAUGAUAAUGGGAGGGAACCUUCCGACCAUGCUUGAUUCUUGGGAUCAAAACCAACUCCAAGAAACGGCAACGCUCAAGAGGAAACAACUUAACGUAGAUAAUCUACACAAUUCUAACUUUAACUGUGACGUCACAAGACAAGAGCUUGUCAAAGCCAAGAAAAAGCAGAGGGUAAGCCAGGAAAGCAAUACAGUCGACGAAAGCAACAGCUCAGAUGAUGAGAAGGCUUCGGUCACAAGUGUUAAAGGCAAAACAAGAGCCACCAAAGGGACAGCCACUGAUCCCCAAAGCCUUUAUGCUCGGAAACGUAGAGAGAAGAUUAACGAAAGGCUCAAGACAUUACAAAACCUUGUACCAAACGGGACAAAAGUCGAUAUAAGCACUAUGCUUGAAGAAGCUGUCCACUACGUAAAGUUCUUGCAGCUGCAAAUCAAGUUGUUGAGCUCGGAUGAUCUAUGGAUGUACGCACCGUUGGCUUACAAUGGACUCGACAUGGGAUUCCAUCACAACCUUUUGUCUCGGCUUAUGUGAAGGACUUACACAAAGUUACAAUCUAAUUGUAAAGAAACCGAUUUAGAACAUAUGAAUCCCUUUAAUUUGGCCCUACCCUAGUGGUCUACUUUCGGAACGUACUACUGUUCUCUUGUUGUUCAUUCUGAGAUUUUUUGUUAUUAUUUUAACUUCUUUCUGUCUUUUUCUUCAUUAUGGUUCUAAGAACUUUUGGUACUUUAUUCUAAUGUAAUUAUUUCAUUACAAUAUGAAAAAGUCAGCUGGACUAAUAAAAUAACUGUCUUUUGUCUUUUUCUAAUAACAGUCUUUAUAUAAAUUUGAAAACAAAGAUAAUAGGGUGAUAAUAUGAUUGAAGUAUUCAGCCGACAAAACCCUUUGCACCGAGGUAAAUUUAAUUAUUUUUUGCAAAGGAUGCCAAACGAGAGACGCCAUGCUAAAGUCUUUUGAUACAAAAAUCAAAUAAUAUCAGUCUUCAUUUCCACAUAGUACUAUGAAUAAUCAAUCGUUCUUUGAGUUUUAGAGAAAAAAAGAUUGAUGAACAAAUCCACAGAUGUUUUAGACGUGGAGAGGAACUAGUACUAACUCAAACCCCCAAGUACUGGUACUUGCCUGUAGGAUCAUAAUACAAAAAUAUCAUUUACCUCAAAGCAACAUCUUUCCCUAUGUUUUUAGAGCAUCAACAUCGCAGAUACUUAAGUGAGUUUGUUAAAAAAAUAAUGCUGGGGCUCCACAAAACAGUUAAAACCGAUCACAAAAGUCGUCAAAGAAAAAGAAAGAUCCAUUUUCUGCUGUUUUUUGUACUGUUUGCGGAUCCCACUGACACGUGACGGUCUGCGAUUAGUUUCUUUUUUAAUUUUUUUUUUAAAUCGGAGAAAACAAAAAAUAUUUUUUUGUUUUAAGAAACCCAAAAAACGGUUUACCGAUAAUCAUGGCCUUAGUAUCCUUCCUUUGUCUAUCUUCCUUUGUCUAUGGAGAAUUUGGAAAAUCCUUAAAUGCUAACGUAUAU